AUGACAAUGUACUCUUCUAUGUUAUAUCAGCGGAAAAGUGUUAAAGCAAAUGCUGGUUACUUCUGUUGGGCAAAUUAUUGUGCAUAUAACGACGAAGGAAAGUACAACUUCGACUUCGUGACUGCCAACGGCAUCUCGGUGUCGGAGUCUGGCGCUCCAGUAGGCGAGGACGGUACACCGCUCCUGACGGCACUCCCGUCCACGUUGAGUUCGGCUGAUGAGAAAGGGUUCCAGCCCCAGUCCGACCUCCUGCCCGUGGCUCCCGAGUUCCCCCAUCCGAUCUCUCAGUUCGUCCUGGACCAGAUCGCCUUCGCCGCUGCUGAGGACGCCGCCCGCGCCCACGGAGAGCUGUGGGAUGCCAACCGACCUUCCAACAGAUACGGGGCUCCCUAA